GAAAUAACCGGAAAACAAACGCAGAGUUUCUCGCGAAGACGACGAUGGCGAAGGGAUGGAAACGAAGAAAGAUGGGAAUAUAUGGUGUACAAGUUUCGUGCUUCACUGAAGUUUCGAUGAUUUCACCCUAAAAAAACCCAGAUCAUUCAGCUCUCUCGAACAGGUUCUCGCCAAAAACUUGACUUAGCUUUUCUCUUUAUCGUGCCCUUUAUCUCAAUCUUACUGUGAAAGAGUGUGGACCGUCGUAAACUGAUUUAUGUGUUUGAAUCGCUCUUUCAAUUGGUCCUUGGUGGACUAUCUGAACCUAAGCUUAGGCAUAGCACACCAACAAUGAGAAGUUUCAUUACUUGGUAGUUUCUGAGCAAGAAUUUGAUACGAGAAAUUAUCGAUGAGGUAUAAAUUCUCAGGUUUUAUGCAGUGUCAAAGACUUUGUCUCUGUAUAACUUUUGCCUUGCGAACAUUUCAAAGAUUGGUUUAAAACUGCUCUCUGUUUCAUCCUUUUGCUUCUUCAUCUUUUUAUCAAAAUGUAAAGAGUAGCAAAAGCAUAUUUUGAAGCAUACUUUUUUUGUUUAGUUUGCAAAAAGCAGAGAAAUUGUUGAUCAGGAAGCUUGCUCAGUCUGGUUACACAAUGUCAGCACCUUGUCGUAUAUCCCAAUGUGUUGUGGUUCUUUUGAUGAAGAAAUUUUAUCUACAUGUUACUUUGUAGAUUGGAAUUAAAUCAGGGAAUAAGUCUUCUCAUGCAUGGAAAAGGUUAAUCCUUUCAAGCAAAGUAUAAAGUUCCGGUGGUGAUCAUGAUGAAAUUAUAAAGUCCAUAUCUAAUGCCCCACCAACGCAUUACAUGGUCAAGAUAGAGUCUUUUUCACUCCUUACAAAGCAUGCUAUAGAGAGAUAUGAAACUGAGAGCUUUGAAGCUGGUGGCUACAAAUGGAAACUUGUUCUGUACCCAAAUGGAAAUAAGAGCAAGAACACGAAAGAUCAUGUUUCUGUUUACUUGGCUCUUGCAGACUCUAGUUCAUUAAGUCCAGGGUGGGAGGUUGGCGCUGUUUUCCGUCUGUAUUUGCUGGAUCAAAACAAAGAUAGUUAUUUGAUCCUUCAAGGAAAGGAGAGACGGUUUCAUGCUGUCAAGCGUGAAUGGGGAUUCGAUAAAUUUAUCCCUAUCGGUACCUUCUCUGAUGCGUCAAACGGUUACCUCAUCGAAGACACAUGUAUGUUUGGAGCUGAUGUGUUUGUUUCCAAAGAGAGAAGAAGUGGGAGAGGAGAAUGUUUUUCAAUGAUUAAAGAUGCUACUAGCACUAAGCACGUCUGGAAAAUUGAGAAUUUCUCCAAGUUAGACAAAGAAAGCUAUGACUCAAAUGCUUUCUUCGCUGGGGAUAGAAAAUGGAAGAUAAAGUUUUAUCCAACGGGGACAAAGCAAGGAACAGGAACCCAUCUUUCUAUCUAUCUGAUCCUCGUAGAUCCUGAAACCAUUUCAGACGGUACAAAGAUGUUUGUAGAGUUUAGAAUACGAAUAUUUGAUCAGUUACAAGGCAGGCACAUUGCUGGGAAAGUUACUAAAUGGUUUAGCCGAUCAAGCUCGGAGAACGGAUGGGUUAAAUAUGUAUCAAUGGUUUAUUUCACACAACCUAACAGUGGUCUGUUGCUCAAAGAUGCCUGUCUCGUUGAAGCUGAUGUAUGCUUCUUGGAAUCACCAGUGCACUCUAAUCUCGUCAUGUUUGAUCUCAAAAGUCAAAUUUGUGAAUUCUAUAUUAGUUCGACGAGAGACAGAGAGACAAUAAAUCAAUAGUACUUAAUGAGAAUAUAAUGGCUGGUGUCCAAACGGGACCUGAUGUGUGUGUUCAUGUAAUCACACAAGUGCACUUAUGAUCUCAUCAUCUUUUGGUUU